AUGACCUCCAAGCUGCAGUGGGUGAGAUGGCUCUGCUCUGCUCUCCUGGGCUACCUGAGCUGCUGCUGCGCUCCGCAGGCUGAGGCGCAGUUCCCCCGUGUCUGCAUGACAGUAGAGAUGCUGCUGGCCAAGCGCUGCUGCCCAGCCUUGGGGCAAGAGCCAGGCAAUGUGUGUGGCUCCCAGCAGGGCAGGGGAUCGUGCAGGGAGGUGCAGGUGGACGCCAGGCCAUGGAGCGGCCCAUACACCCUCCGCAACGUGGAUGACCGGGAACGAUGGCCCCUGAAGUUCUUCAGUCAGAGCUGCCAGUGCACAGGAAACUUUGCUGGCUAUAAUUGUGGUGACUGCAAGUUUGGCUGGACUGGCCCCAGCUGCGAUGAAAGAAAGCCACUUCUUGUCCGGAAAAAUGUCCAUGCCUUGACUGCAGCGGAGAGAGAGCAGUUCUUAGAUGCUUUAGACCGUGCAAAGAAUACCACUCAUCCAGACUAUGUGAUUACUACACAGCACUGGCUGAGUCUCCUUGGGCCCAAUGGAACUGAACCACAAGUUACAAACUGCAGUAUUUAUAACUACUUUGUGUGGCUUCAUUACUACUCAGUCAGGGACACCCUAUUAGGACCUGGUCGCCCAUUCACGGCUAUAGAUUUCUCCCACCAAGGACCUGCCUUUGUUACUUGGCAUAGGUACCAUUUGCUGCUGCUGGAAAGAGAUCUCCAGAGACUGAUUGGCAAUGAAUCCUUUGCAUUGCCCUAUUGGAAUUUUGCCACAGGUAGAAAUGAGUGCGAUGUGUGUACAGAUCAGCUUUUUGGAGCAUCAAGACCAGAAGAUCCAAGCCUAAUAAGUCAGAAUUCAAGGUUCUCACGCUGGGCAAUAGUGUGCAAUAGCUUGGAUGAUUACAACCGUCUGGUUACACUGUGUAAUGGGACUAAUGAAGGGAUUCUACGGAGGAACCCACCAGGGAAGUCUGGCAAGCAGCUGUCAACCAUGGAAGAUAUCCAGAACUGCCUGUCACUUCAAGAGUUUGAUAAUCCUCCUUUUUUCCGGAAUUCUAAUUUCAGCUUCAGGAAUGCCCUGGAAGGGUUUGGUAAACCAGAUGGAACUUUUGUCUCCCCGGUGGUGAGCCUGCAUAACUUGGUUCACGCUUUCCUGAAUGGAACCAGCGCUUCCCCUCAUGCUGCAGCCAAUGAUCCAAUUUUUGUGGUCCUUCAUUCUUUUACGGAUGCCAUCUUUGAUGAGUGGAUGAAACAAUUUAACCCCUCUGCCAGUGCUUGGCCUCUGGAGCUGGCCCCUAUUGGGCACAACAGGAUGUUCAACAUGGUCCCUUUCUUCCCUCCUGUGACCAACGCUCAACUCUUUCUAGCUGCAGAACAACUUGGCUACAGCUAUGCCAUUGACCUGCCAGAUUCACUUGAAGAAACACAUGCUUGGGCUAUUACGGUUGGAUCCGCUAUUGGAGGAGCACUGAUAGCUCUAGUUGUACUAGUUAUGUUGCUUGCGCUUUUUCAGCACAGAAGAUACAAGAAAGGUUUUGAACCACUGCUGAAUGCAAGAUUCAGCAAAAAAAAUUAUACAGAGGAGGCCUAGUGCUGUAGCAUUGUGUCAUCAGAUUUACCUGUAGGAAACUAACCUGAUUAGUUGUUCAACUCUUAGCCAAGUGCUGAACUAACAACUUGACCCACAUUCCUUUGCUAGACAGCUAGCUACAUUGUUCUCACCUCAGUGGCCCUGUACUUUUCCUGUCAUUUGGGUCAUCAGUCUCAUGUCUUCAGACAUUUUGAAACAACAUAUGAGGUACAUGUGCAGCCUAAGACAGGACAGAGUUUUCCUUUUGCCAAAGAUUGAUUGUAAUUUGUGAUGCCCAGGUUUGGGUCACGUCAUCUGAGAAUCCUGAAGCCCAAAAAAAGAAAAACAAGGACAAAUGCAAAUCUUUUUCCUAAACAUGUUUCUAAACUAACAAUACUGUGAUAGGCAGAAUUUCACUGACUAUAUAUCUUUGGAUAGUAGAUUAUAUACAGGGAUAAAACAAUAUUGCAAGUAAGUGAUGUUGCUUUAAAAAAAGUACUCAAAUAUUCCACAUACGAUUCCUCAAAUGCUCUUCUGGGGGUGUGGCUGGAUGGAAUAUUGUAAGGAAUAUGUGGGGACAGUUUAAGCCACAGAAUUGGCCCUUAAUUUAAAUUGCAUAAGAAAUAAAAUAAACACCAGGAAACUCCCUAAUUCAAAUUCCCCAUGUCAAAGUAAGUAAUAAGCAGGAAUUCAUUUCUAACUAAACAGAUGCACCAGGGCCCUGUGGCAGAGCCUGAAUCCUGCCCCUGCCCUUCUGCACAUGGAAACUUCUCAGACUAUACUGAGAGGAAAGAGGUGAGUCGGGGGGUCAGACACAGCUGAAGCGGUUGAGGAUUUCAGGAAAUUGUCAGGAGAUGGCAGUGUUGUGAGUACCAGAGAAGCAGAGAUGAAUGUGUGUUUGUGUAUGGAGGGCAGAAAUUAGAUCAUAGAUAUGUAGGACCCCAUGUGGUCCUUUCCAAAUGGCCUCACAAAACCUUUAAAGCCAAUCCCAGCAGACAGAGGCGACACCUGGGGGUGAGGUGGGAAUGCAGGAUUCCUCCCCCACCCCAGAUUUGCUGCUUAGCUUUUACUGAGCAUGCUCACUAGGGUUGCCAACUUUCUAAUUGCACAAAACUGAACACACCUUUCUCCAUCCUGCCCCGUCCUUUCCCUGAGGCCCCACCCCUGCUCCACUCUACCUCCUCCCUGUCGCUCACUCUCCCCCAUCCUCAUUCACUUGCUCAUUUUUACC